ACAAGUCCUGUAAAAAUGAAGUUUGGCAAGACUCUUGAUAAUCUUAUGGUGCCCGAAUGGCGGCACCAGUACAUGAACUACAAUGAACUUAAGCAAAUGAUUCGAAAUGCCGUGGAAAAAGCGCCCAGUGGAAGUCGGCCAAGUAAUGAUGUAGCCAUCGGUUACUACAGGGACUUCGAGGAACUCUUCUUCAACUCCUGCGGAGUAGAAUUGACCAAAGUGAAUUACUUCUUUGCCCACAAGCAGGCGGAGGCGCAUCGCAAGCUGGCCACCCUCAAUUACCAACUAGACCGUCGUCGUGCACAGCAGGAUCCUCGGGGAUCGACAGCUUCCAGGGGCUCGGCUUCGUCCUGGAGUCGCCAGACGGAGAACAAGCGCAAGCUGCCGCCCAUCAAGAAACUUCGACUGGCCAUGAGCGAGUUCUACCUUAGUCUGAUAAUGUUGCAGAACUAUCAGACAUUGAACAUGACUGCGUUUCGCAAGAUCUGCAAGAAGUACGACAAGAAUCUAAAAUCAGAGGCUGGAUUUGCCUGGUACGAUAAAUACGUUCUAAGGUCCACUUUGGCCAUAACCCUGCAAUUGGACCGGAUGAUAUCCACCACGGAGAACAUGUACACGGAUUACUUGGCCAACGGGGACAGAUCUGAGGCGAUGGCCAAGCUUCGAGUGCCGCCAUUGGGCCACCCAACUCCACCGGUUCAUGUUUUCAGCGCCGGGCUCUUUCUAGGUCUCUUUUUGGUGGGCGCUAUUAUAUGUUUUAUAUCUUAUUUUUCGGUAGAUACGAGUCCAGAGUUUCGCUACACCUUUGUCAGUUUGUUUAGAGGGCCCAUUUCAGGUGUGACUUUCGGCUUCUGCUUGGCUAUAAAUAUUAAAGUGUACGAGAAGGUGGGCGUGAACCACGUUUUGAUCUUCGAAGUGGAGCGGAGGAAUGCCAUAGGAGCCAUGAGAGCCUUGGAAAUAUCCAGUUUCUUUGGAUACAUGUGCACUCUGAGCAUUCUACUGUACUUGCUCCACAAGGAGUUCUUCAUCGAGGAUCCGAUCUACAUACCCCUGGUCCAGGUGGCCUUUGUAGUAGUGCUGUUCCUGAACCCCUUGCGCAUUCUUUUCUACUCCGGCAGGAUCUGGCUAUUGACCGUCAUGGGUCGCAUCCUUCUGUCCCCCUUCUUCUUUGUGAACUUCGCGGACUUUUGGGUGGCGGAUCAGUGGACCUCUCUGGUGGUCACCAUCGUGGAUCACUAUUACCUAGUCCGCUUCUAUGUGCGAUAUUUCCUGGAUCGGAGCGAUGCCUUCGAGUUUGAGCCCGAUUACGCGGUGGCUGUCAUUCGAUGUUUGCCUGCGUGGUUUAGAUUCGCUCAGAGCCUGCGAAGAUUUAGGGACAGUGGGUCCAAGUCCACGGAUUAUUUGAUCAACGCCUUGAAGUACUUUUUAUUCAUUGCGGAAGUCGUCUUUUCAACAAUACAAAUGGAAACAAUUGCUCAUUAUACUGAUCUCUUUGAGAGCCCCUGGACUUGGGCCUAUAUAACAAUUUGCAUUGUUUCGUCAAUUUAUACUGUAUUCUGGGACUUGCUGAUGGACUUUGGUUUAUUCCGAGUGUGGAAUGGCGAGAACAAAUUUCUACGCGACAACUUGGUCUAUCCCAGGUGGUUUUACUACUUUGUGAUCGUGGAGAACACCCUGCUCCGGUGCGUUUGGAUAUUGGAGUUUGCCCUGGUCCAUCAGGAAUUGAUAGCACCCUACAAUGGCAAAUCGUUGAUUUGUUUCAGUGAGAUAGUGAGAAGAUUUUUCUGGAACUUUCUGCGCCUGGAGAACGAGCAUUUGUAUAAUUGUGGCCAAUUCAGAGCCACGCGGGACAUCUUCAUAACGAGGCUGGAUCCACAAGAGGAACGAUUCCUUGAGAGUGUAAUGGAUAAUACGGAAGACUUGGGAAGGGAAAAACGAAAUAAAAAGUACUUUUAA